AUUGAAUAUAUUUUCUCUGAUAAAACCGGUACUCUCACUUGUAAUGAAAUGGAAUUUAAACAAUGCUCUAUAGCUGGAAUGGCGUAUGCUGAUAAAGUUGAAGAGUCCAUGCGUGCCCGUAUUGUUGAUGGUGUUGAAAUUGGGCUUCAUGAUUUUAAACAAUUAAAAGAUAAUAUAAGGAAUCAUCCAACCGGAAAUGUAAUCAAUGGAUUCUUGUUGGUUCUAUCUAUGUGUCAUACAGUUAUUCCUGAACGUAAAAAAGACAAUCCUAGCC